GUUUGUUGGGCUUGCUCCGCACAUGAUUGGCAGAAGCCUUUCUUAUUCUUAGGUAUCUUCUUGUUUUCUUGCCUUUCCAUCAUCAUCAUCAUCUUCUUCUUAUGAUUUAUGGAGCAGGAAGCUCAACAACUACUCCUCCAUGGCAUUGAAACCCAUGAACUGGACUGGGCCAAAGAUGAAAUGCCACCACUGCCUACACAAAAAAGAGGUUCUAAAUGGUGGCUCUUAGUGGCACUUUACAUAUUCUUUGUUAUAUCUGGUCAAGCCAUUGCAAGUCUUCUAGGAAGACUCUACUAUGACAAAGGUGGAAAUAGCAAAUGGAUGCAAUCAAUUGUUGUAACUGCAGGCUUUCCAUUUUUAAUCCCUAUCCUACUCUUCUGCUACUGUAAUCCUUCUUCUAACCUAAACAGUCAUAACUCCAAUAGUACUAUCAACAACACUUCACCCUCUAUCAUUACCCUUUCACUCCUUUAUGCCUCUUUUGGUAUAUUCUUCGCUGUUGAUAACCUGAUGUAUUCAUAUGGGCUAUUAUAUCUCCCUGUUUCUACAUUUUCCCUCGUCAGCGCAACCCAAUUGGCAUUUAACGUGAUAUUUUCGUACUUCCUAAACUCCCUUAAGUUCACUCCUUUUGUUCUUAAUUCAGUAGUCCUCCUCACCAUCUCUGCCUUACUCCUUGCUCUCCAUUCUGAUGAGUCCAAUGUACCCAUAGGAAUUACAAAGGCACAAUAUGUAGUUGGAUUAUUAUGCACCAUAUGUGCAUCUGCCUUGUUCUCACUACUACUUUCACUUACCCAACUUUCAUUUGAGAAAGUUCUGAAGAUGGAAACAUUUUCUGUGAAAUUGGAGAUGCAAAUAUAUCCAGCAAUGGUGGGGACUUGUGUUUGCCUGAUGGGUCUUUUUGCUAGUGGGGAAUGGAGUAGUCUAAAGGGAGAGAUGGAGCAAUUUGGAGGGAUGUCCUAUGUCAUGAUCUUAGUCUGGACUACUAUGGCAUGGACAGCUUUUUUUGUUGGUACAAUGGGUUUGAUUUUUGAGGUGUCUUCACUCUUUAUGAAUGUCAUUAGUACAGUAUCCUUGCCUAUUGUUCCAAUCCUUGCUGUGAUAUUCUUUCAUGACAAAAUGGAUGGGGUGAAAGUGGUAGCUUUGCUUUUAGCCAUUUGGGGGUUUGUUUCUUAUAUGUAUCAAAAUUAUCUCGAUGAUUUAAAGUCGAAGGCUACUACAGAAUAAGCACCAAUGAAUGUUC